AUGACAGAACAAGCACAAGAAGAACCAACCAUCAUCGAAGAAGAACAAGCACCCAACACUACUUCCGAAAAAUCAAACGCUACAAGCUCAUCUUCUCCGAUAACGACAUCUUCAUCAGAUUUAAAGAACAGUGGUUUGGUAAUUCCAACCACCAAGAAAUCAGCAGCAUACGAGGAAAAGGAAUUCAUGUAUCCGGAAUUGACUGAGGAGGAGGCACCAAGUGAUUUUUCUUCAAUGUUAUCUUUAUUUUGUGGAGUUCUUGGACUCAUGUUGAAGAUGAAAUAUGUUUCUUGGCUUGGAGCAUUAUUUUGCAUCAGUGGCCUGUAUAAUUUGAAGUACUCCGAGAUGGAUUUUAAGCAAACAGCUACAAGUGUAAUGUUUUCAGUGAUGGGAUUGAUCAUGAAUUAUUUCGGACCUGCAGCUCAUCAGCCAUAA